AUGGUUCUGCGUAGCUAUAUUCUUCCAAAAUUUUCCAAAACGUCUCAACAAUAAUGUCUGGAAAUAGAUUGGAUGGCAAAAUCGUAAUUAUUACAGGCGGAGCAAGCGGGAUUGGGGCUGAGUCCGUCAGGUUAUUUACAGAACACGGCGCUCGAGUCGUCAUUGUUGACGUACAAGACGAGCUAGGUCAAAACCUCGCCGCUUCGAUCGGAGAAGACAAAGCGAGUUACUAUCACUGCGAUGUCACCAACGAGACGGAAGUUGAAAACGCUGUUAAGUUCACCGUCGAUAAACACGGGAAGCUUGACGUUCUGUUUAGUAACGCCGGCGUUAUAGAGCCGUUUGCGAGCAUCCUCGACCUAAACCUAGACGAGUUCGACCGAAUUCUCGCCGUUAACCUUCGCGGUGCAGCCGCAUUCAUCAAACACGCGGCACGUGCCAUGGUGGAGAAAGGCACGCGCGGCUCCAUCGUUUGCACUACCAGUGUCGCUGCUGAGAUCUCCGGAACGGCACCACACGGGUACACGGCGUCGAAGCAUGGGCUAUUGGGUUUGAUCAAAUCAGCUUCUGGUGGGUUAGGGCAAUACGGGAUAAGAGUAAACGGUGUUGCUCCGUUUGGGGUUGCAACACCGUUGGUUUGUAAUGGCUUCAAGAUAGAGGCAAACGUGGUGGAGGAGAACACGUUAGCGUCGGCGAAUCUAAAGGGCAUUGUGUUGAAAGCUCGCCACGUGGCAGAAGCUGCUCUGUUUCUAGCAUCUGAUGCGUCGGCUUACGUAAGCGGACAGAACCUGGCAGUUGACGGCGGUUACUCGGUGGUUAAGCUGUAGAUAUAAUACAACUUGGCCACAAAGGUCCCAUGAUGAGAUGUUUCUUUAUAGUAAUUGGGUCAAAAGUUGACUUCACUUAAAUUGUAGAGAGAGACAUGGGGAUUGGGAAGUUUCUGAGGUUGCAAAUUUCCUUGAAUUGUGGAUGUUGUAAUUUUAUAUGGAAACAUUCAUUAUCUAACAAAGUGCGCAUCUCGAGGAUACUUACAUAAGCAAAUACAAGAUUAAUUAGAUCAAUAGUGGCCUUAAUGGGCUUUUCUAUUCUGCUUCUAGCCUCUCUGUUUUCAUAUUUAUAUACCCUCUUUGCUAUUUCAUUUGGAUUUUUCUGUUAAUAUAU